AUGGCUUCCGACUCGACCAGCCUGUACCUGGUGGACGCCGUCAGCGGCCACCUGGUGUACAGCCACGUGCAGCGGCGCGUGCGCUGUCCGUGCCACGCGGUCCACUCGAAGAACUGGCUGGUGUACUCGGUAUACAACGAGCGCGCCCGGCGCACCGAGCUCACCAGCCUGGAGCUGUUCGAGGGCACCGUGCAGGCGAACGCCUCAGCGUUCUCGUCGCUGGAGGCGCCGCCGCAGCCCAUGGUGGAGAAGCAGAGCUUCAUCUUCCCCACGCAGAUCGAGGCGAUGCGCGAGACCAUCACCGAGAAAGGCAUCACCACCAAGUUCGUCUUGUUCGUGCUGCCCUCCGGCGGUGUGGUGGCGCUGAACCGGGCGCUGCUCGACCCGCGCCGGCCGCUGGCACCCGGUCGGUCGGCCAUGGAUGAGGGCCUGCCGCCGUACACGCCCGAGCUGCCGCUGCCCACCGUAGCCGUGGUCAACUAUAACCAGACGCUGCUGGGCGUGCGCGGCGUGGUCACAUCCCCCUCGGGCCUCGAGUCCACCUGCCUCGUGUUCGUGUACGGACUCGACCUGUACCACACGCGGGUAUUCCCUUCAAACAUGUUCGACCAGCUGAAGGACGACUUCGACUCGACGUUCAUCGUGCUGGUGCUGGCCGGCCUGGUGGCCGCCUCGGCGAUAUCCCGGCGCCUGUCGCAGCGCCGCGCCCUCCAGCAGGCCUGGAAGUAGUCA